AUGGGCGGAAAAGCAGGCGUGUGCCUUCGGGACGAGGAGGUCGAGGACCUGCAAUUCCGUGGUCCGGUGACUAAGAAAAACUGCAGCGAUGGCGCUGGUCGCUUGAUGGCCUGGGGGAGUGCUGAAAUGCAGGGCUGGCGGGAGUCCAUGGAAGACGCCCACCUUGUUCUUCCGUCUUUGAGAGAGGCGGUUCUGUCCGAGAAUUGCAAGUUGGAGGUGGACGCUGGUUGGGAGAACAUUGGCCUUUUCGGGGUCAUGGAUGGCCACGGCGGCUUCCAGGUGGCCAAAUUCUGCGAACGCCACUUGCCCGAGGCGAUUGCCGCCAGGUCGAGCACUGACCCGGCAGUUGCGAUGGCCAAAUCCUUCGUUGAAAUGGACGAGCUCCUGCAGGAGCCAGAGGGGCUCAAGGAGCUUCGCAGGCUCUCUGCACUGGCCAAGUCGGCGAGGGCUCGUCGUCAGACAGCAGAAGGCAUGGGCUGCACAGUGGUGCUCAGCUGCAUUACGCCCAACGCACUCAUUGUCGCGAAUGCGGGUGACAGCCGCGCGGUGCUAUGCCGCAAUGGCCAGGCCGUCGACCUGUCAAAGGACCAUAAGCCGGAGCUCCCAUGUGAGCGAUCGCGCAUCGAGUCUGCAGGUGGAUGGAUCGAAGGUGGCUCCGUUCUGAGGGUGAAUGGAGAUCUAAGUUUAUCACGGGCAGUCGGGGACUUGGAGUACAAGCUCAAUCCUCAGCUCCCUCCGGAGCGUCAGAUCGCCGCUUGCCUGCGUCAGCUGCGCAGCUGCGACUCGAACGACACCCAGCAGGCUUAUGACUGCACGAACGGUGACCUUCGAGCUCUUAACAGCUUGGUCCAGGGCAGCAUACAAUGUUUAGAGAACCAUCUGCUUUCUUCUUCAUCUCGUGGUGCGAACACCACCUGCUUUGGACCUGCACCGUUCUUACCAAACAGCAUGAACGAGCACCGACAGAUCGGAUUUUCUGAUUGUUCUGGCUUCUGCUUUUGCUUUUCUGCUUUUCCGCCUUUUGCCUCUCCGCGUUUAUGCUUCGGUUUUACGCUCCUCCGCUUUUCAUUUUCUGCUUGUCGGCUUCGCUUUUCUUUUUGCACCUACUCCUGCGAGGACGACGACGACUACUACUGCUACUAG